AUGCCAACAUCCAUACGCUGUGUAUCCAUCAACGCAAAGGGACUAAUUUCUUCCAACAUGAGACACAGCAUUCUUAGAUGGGCACACAAACAAAAUGCUGACAUACUCCUUAUUCAAGAAACCCACUUCCCAACGCACCGAAAAUUCCCCCUCACAAACAGAUAUUACAUGCGAAGCUUUAUGGCCCCAUCACUAGAUACCAAAUCCAAAGGGGUAGCAAUCGUUUUGAAAGCAAAUAGCCCCCUAACAGGCAUCACCUGCACAAAGGACCCACAGGGCCGAUACAUCUCGAUACAGGGAAAUAUAGGCACAAAGACAUAUACCUUCUCAUCG